AUGCCUAGAGCAAUAGGUAUUGAUUUGGGUACAACAUAUUCAUGUGUUGCGGUAUUUCAACAUGGAAAAGCCGAAAUCAUUCCUAAUGAACAAGGAAAUCGAAUAACACCAUCAUAUGUUGCAUUCACUGAUAAUGAACGUUUAAUUGGUGAUCUUGCUAAAAGUCAAACAGCUCGAAAUCCAAAUAAUAUAAUAUUUGGUGUUAAACGACUUAUUGGUCGUAAAUAUGACGAUUCAACUGUACAAGCUGAUAUGAAAUAUUGGCCAUUUAAAAUACUUAAUGAUAAUGGUAAACCGAAAGUUGUAGUUCAAUAUAAAGAUCGAAUGAUACUAUUUACACCUGAAGAAAUAUGUUCAAUGGUAUUGGCAAAAUUGAAACAAAUAGCAGAAGCUUAUUGUAAUGAACAGAUUUUAGAUGCUGUUAUUACUGUUCCAUCUUGUUUUAAUUAUUCACAACGUCAGGUCAUAAAAGAUACUGCUAUUAUUGCUGGUCUUAAUGCACUCCGUAUUAUUGAUGCAUCAACAGCUGCUGCUAUUGCUUAUGGUUUUGGUAAAAAAGUCUCUGCCCCACAAAAUGUAUUAGUUUUUGAUUUGGGUGCUGGUACUGUUAAUGUAUCAAUUUUAAUAAUUGAAGAAGGAAUCUUUGAAGUUAAAUCAACAGCUGGUGAUAGACAUUUAGGCGGUGAAGAUUUUGAUAAUCGAAUGGUUGAAUAUUUUGUUCAAAAAUUUAAACAGGAACAUGGUAAAGAUUUAUCAGAAAAUAAACGUGCUCUUCGACGAUUACGUACUGCUUGUGAAUCUGCUAAACUUACUUUAUCAUUAUUAUCUGAAGCACCAAUUGAAAUUGAGUCAUUACAUGAUGGUAUCGAUUUUCACUCAACAAUAACUCGUACUCGUUUUGAAGAACUUUGUGAUGAUCUAUUUCGAUCAAUAUUUGAACCAGUUGAAAAGGCUUUACGUGAUGCUAAAAUGGACAAAUCAUCAAUCCACGAAAUUAUUCUUGAUGGUGGUUCAACACGUAUUCCAAAAAUACAAAAGCUUCUACAAGACUUUUUUAAUGAUAAAGAGCUAAAUAAAUCUAUUAAUGCAGAUGAAGCUGUUGCUUAUGGUGCUGCUAUUCUAGCAGCUAUUCUUACUGGUGAUAAAUCAGAUGCAACUAAAGAUAUGCUUUUACUUGAUGUUGCACCGCACACACUAGGUAUUGAAACAACUGGUGGUGUUAUGGCAGCUCUAAUUAAACGUAAUACAACCGUUCCAACAAAACAAAUACAAACCUUUACAACUUGUGUCGACAAUCAACCUAAUUUCGAAGUAAAAAUAUAUGAAGGUGAAUGUUCAAUGGCCAAUGAUAAUAAUUUACUUGAUAGCUUUGAACUUUCUGAUAUUCCACCAGCUCCUCAUGGUGUGCCACAGAUUGAGGUUACAUUUGACAUUAAUGGGAACUGUAUAUUAAAUGUAUCAGCUAGGGAUGAAUCUUCGAAAAAAGAAAACAGAAUUACAGUUACAAAUGAUUAUGCACGAUUAUCUAGAGAUGAAAUUGAACGUAUGAUUCGUGAUGCUGAAAGAUUUAGAAAAGAAGAUGAAAUACAACGUGAUCGUAUGGAAGCUAAGAAUUUACUUGAAUCAUAUUGUAUUGAUAUGAAAACAAAAAUUAAUGAUGGAGAAUUAGGAGAUAAAAUUGAUGCUAAUAAUACAAAGAAGAUUAUCAAUACUAUUGAAGAUACAUUAAAAUGGAUGGAAAGUAAUCAAUUUGCAAAAAAAGAAGACUUUGAGAAGAAAUUAAAAGAAGUUACAAAAAUAUGUUUAUCAGUUACUACUAAACUUUAUCGGGGAAAGUCUGGUAAAUUUGCGAAUGGAUGA